AUGCUAUUGGUAAGCCUGGCCAUCUUGGCCAUAGGCGCUUCGGCAUGUCCCGAAAAGUGUAAAUGCUUGGGUAACACAGCAGAUUGUGCGAACUCAGGAUUUACAAAGUUCCCAACUGGAAUCCCGCAGAAUAUUCAGUCAGUCAUUCUCAAAGGCAACAAACUCACCCAAUUAUUGAUCCAUGAUCUGAUUGAUCUACCCAAUUUGAAAAAUUUGAUCUUAACUGACAACAACUUGAACCAUAUCGAUGAGAACAUUUUGGAUUUCGCACCAAAUCUUAAGCGUCUGGUUCUUUCUCACAACCGACUCACUUAUCUUCUGAAUUUUUCUUCAAGGCCAUCAGGCUUAGUUUCUCUAGAUUUAGCUUACAAUCGAAUUCAAAGAGUCGACAGAAAGGUUUUCCAAUACUUACAUGAUGUGGUUCAACUUGACUUAUCCAAAAAUAGUAUUAGCACUCUUUAUGAAGGAAUCUUUGAAAACAACCACAAACUAGCAAUUCUCCGUUUGCAUGCUAACCCCUGGAAUUGUGACUGCAGAUUACAAUGGCUGGCUGAAGUAUUGAACCUUUAUGGAUCUGAUUCCACAUGUUUCUAUCCUUCCGAACUCAGAGGAGUCAGUAUGAAUGAUGUUGAGGAAGGAGCUAUGUACUGCGAUAGCCCCAAAAAGACAGCAAAAGACACGAAUAUACUCCUGUUCUGCGAGCCCACAGACGGAGCCACAGUAGUUAUGGUUAGAAAGAAGCAAGAGGUAUUCAUCAAUGAGUUUGAACACACUGCAGCUGGAGAGGUAGUUCUUCCAGUUGGGGCAGAGAACUUACACACACUCAGUUGUGCUUACGAUUAUGAACCAUUACAUAAGAGAGAUGUUCGUCACACUUCGCAUCGGCGUAACAGUGGAAAAGCUCCAUACUUCCAGCACAAGCCUAAGGACAGUGCACACAGAGAAGGCACCGUAGUUAAGCUUUUCUGUGAGAUAAAAGGAGAUCCAGAACCAGUCAUAACAUGGUACCAUAAGAGACAGCCUAUUGAGAACUCCAAGAAAUAUGAUCUUUCAAACGGAAAUGCCCUGCUCAAGAUCUUCCCUUUCUUAGAAGUUGAUGUUGGAAGUUAUUCAUGUAGUGGAGUGAAUGUCCAUGGCCGCGUAGACCACACUGUUAGACUUCACCUUGUUGCGAGCGUCCCUCCUACCAUAGUUGAUGCUCCAAUGGAUGUGACUGCCAACUUAGGAAACCCUGUAACUUUCCGCUGUCGUGCUAGAGGAGUUCCCCAGCCCAGCUUAACUUGGUUCUUCGAAGGUUCUGUAAUUACGCCAUCGGCUGGACGUUUUGUGAUCUCUGGAGAUGGAACUGAAGUGACCAUUCCUCAUGCAACCCGUCAGUAUGAAGGCUUAUACUCUUGCACUGCCAGUAAUACCGUUGGAGCCAUAAUGUCUGAUGCUAGGCUUACAGUAAACCACACAGCUUUUGCUGAGAUCGAUUCACUAGUGAAUGAAGAGACAAUCAGAAAACUGUCCAAAACCGCUAAAGACACGGUAGAUAGAGCUUUUGCUGUCACCGAGCAAAUGAGAAAAGUUGAUAAGAUUACCAAUCCAGAUGAUCUCAAAAGACUUUUCCGAUUUGCAGCUCCUGCUAACUCUCUGGCUUUAGCUAAAGCUCGCGAAGUUUAUGAAGAAAGUCUCCGUCUCAUUUACGAGCAUGUUAAUAGAGGAUUGAACUUGCCAGUCAACCAGUUAGCUCCUAAUGUUUCUUACGAAGCUGUUCUACCCGUUUCCUAUAUUCAAACGUUGAUGGAGCUGUCAGGUUGCCAGACAGGACAAGUUUUGAAAGAUCAUUGCACGGAUAUGUGCUUCCAUAAGAAAUAUAGAACUUACGAUGGUCAAUGUAACAACUUGGAAAAUCCAGCUUGGGGAGCUUCUUCUAUGCCGCUUCUCCGCCAUCUUCCUCCGAUUUAUGAGAAUGGGUUCAAUACGCCCGUAGGAUGGGAGAAAGGGAGAUUAUAUCGAGGUUAUCCAAUGCCCAAUGCCCGAGAAGUUUCACGUACCGUAAUCUCCACUAAAGAUAUUACACCACAUAGCCAUUUAUCCGCCUUCGUUUUUCAAUGGGGACAAUGGAUUGAUCAUGAUUUGACAUUCACAGCAAUUGCCUUGGCACGUCAGAGUUAUUCAAGUGGAGCCAUUUGUAACAGGACUUGUGAGAACAUUGACCCAUGUUUCAACAUUCAGCUCUCUCCUGAUGAUCCAAAACUCAAAACUGGAAAAAAUAUUAAAUACCCUUGUAUGGAGUUUGAGAGAAAUGGAGCUGUUUGUGGAAGCGGUGAAACGUCUUUGAUCUUCCAGAGAGUUACAUAUCGCGACCAAAUGAACACGCUUACCUCUUGGUUAGAUGGGUCCGGAGUUUAUGGAAAUUCUGAAGUACAAGCUUUAGAACUUCGCGAUUUAUAUGGUGACCAUGGUCUUCUUAGAUUCGACAUCGUUUCCAAAGCUCAAAAACCGUACCUUCCUUUUGAAAAGGAUUCGGAUAUGGACUGCCGACGCAACUUCUCUAUUGAAAACCCCAUGAGAUGUUUUCUGGCAGGUGAUGUUCGAGCAAACGAACAGUUGGGAUUAACUGCUAUGCACACUCUUUUCAUGCGAGAGCACAACAGGAUUGCUGGAAAGCUGUUGGAACUAAAUGUCAAUUGGGAUGGAGAAACCAUUUUCCAAGAAGCUAGAAAGAUCAACGUUGCUAUCAUUCAGCAUAUCACCUUCCAACAUUGGCUCCCAUUGGCUUUAGGAAGACCUGCUUAUAAUGAAUACGUUGGAGAGUACACAGGAUAUAAGCCAGACGUAAACCCUUCCAUCGCUAAUGCUUUUGCUACAGCAGCAUUCAGGUUCGGUCAUACCAUUAUAAAUCCUGUUCUCUUCCGUUUUGAUAAAAACUUCAGCGAGAUCAACGAAGGGCAUAUACCGCUUCAUAAGGCAUUCUUCGAGCCAGAGCGAUUGCUUUCGGAAGGAGGAAUCGAUCCACUUCUUAGAGGACUGUUUGCAGCUCCUCUCAAGCUUCCCAGAUCUGAUCAGCCUGUGAACUCAGAAUUGACAGAGCGUUUAUUCGAACGAUAUCAUGAGGUUGCCCUGGAUCUUGUUGCUCUGAAUAUCCAAAGAAGUCGUGAUCAUGCUCUCCCUGGUUACAUCGAAUACAGAAGGUGGUGCAACUUGUCUGCUCCAGAAACCUGGGAAGAGUUGUCCAAGGAAGUAGUAGAUAGUACCGCCAGGGCUAAGCUCCAGAAACUUUAUGGACAUCCAGCUAACAUCGACUUAUGGGUUGGAGGAGUACUCGAAAAACGUUUACCAGAUGCCCUCAUGGGUCCUACAUUCGCUUGUAUCAUAGGAGACCAGUUCAGACGCUUACGUGAUGGUGACCGAUUCUGGUAUGAAAACGAUGGAGUUUUCACAAAGGAACAGCUCCAGCAGAUUCGUAAAUCCUCAGUUUCUCGUCUUCUCUGUGACGAUGGAGAUGACAUCGACCGAGUCCCCCGUAACAUUUUCCGAUAUUACGGAAACACUACUAAGUAUUUUGAAAAAUGUGAUUCCAUACCUUCUAUCAACUUCAAUAUGUGGAUGGAUUGUUGUGAAGGUGGAAGCUGCAACCUCUCUCCGCCACCCGUUAGAAGACGCUAA